UGAAGUCACCUGUGGGCUGCCUCCUCCCAUUCCUGCACCCGGGCUGCCUGCGAGCCCCUUUAAAUUGCAGGUUGGCAGAGCCCUGGGCACAGCCUUCAUCAGCAUGGCACCGAGCAUCCUCCUGCUGGGGCUCCUCACCCUGUGGGCACAGCUGCAGGCAGCACCCAUUGCAGAGUUCCAUGGAGUGGCUCCAGCUGGGUGGCCACCACCAGGGCAGCUGGGAAGCACCCUGAGCCUUGAGCCUGGGAGAGAGCUCAGCACGGUGCCUGGCAAUGGCAAAAACAGCUCCAAUAGAGGUGAAAUGGGUGACUCCAGUAGCCGUGAAACUGGUGAGUCCAGUAGCAGUGAAACUGGUGAUGAUGGCAAUAAAAAUCAGCUUUGUGAUUGCAAUGAUCAUGAUCAUGCUGGCAACGACAGUGAUGAUGAUGGUGAUGAUCAUGAUCAUGGUGUCAACAGUGACAAUUCCAAUAGCAAAGAAGAUGGUGAUAAAAAUGACCUUUUUAAUGGCAAGGACAGUGACAAUGGUAAUGGUGGCAAUGACAGUGGUGAUGGUGCUGAUGGUGUCAACAGUGACAAUUCCAAAAGCAAUGAAGAUGGUGAUGAUGGUGUUAAAAAUGACCUUUCUGAUGGCAAGGACAAUGACAGUGAUGAUGACAGUGAUGAUGGCCAUGGUGCUGGUGAUGAUGGCAAUGAUGAUGGCGAUGAUCUCAUCAAUGAUGAAAAUUCCAAUAGCAAUGAAGAAGAUGAUGAUGGCAUCAGUGAUGAAAAUUCCAGUAGCAAUGAAGAUGGUGAUGAUGACAUCUACAGUGACAGUUCCAAUAGCAGUGAAGAUGGUGACUCCAAUUACAAUGAAUAUGAUCGCUCCAAUAGCAAUGAAAAUGAUUCUGAUUAUGGGGGGUGGAGAUAUUAGAUUGUAAGGAUGUAAUUGCCCUGGGAUCAGAGAUUUUUGGGUUCCUCUUUUCUAGUGUCCAGCUCAGGCUACCAGAUUUCAUGCCUGAUCUGUGCCAAUAAAUGUAUCUAGUGAAUAUGAGA